AUGCGUUUGGUUUGUGCACCUGGGCCGUCUCUGGGUGAGCGGGCGUCCCUUGUCAACGUCAUCAUGUCAGACAAGGUGGUGUUGGUUCUUGGUGGAGCAGGAACUGUGGGCUCUGGGAUAGUUCAAGCCCUGUUGGAUAAAGGUUUCAAAGUUGCAGUGAUCUCGCGAGACAACAACCGGCUGGAGAGACUCAGAUCAUCUAUCUCUGCCAACACAAAACACCAUCUUGUCACAAUAGUGGGGGAUGUGGGGUCAGAGGAAGGAGCAGAGAAGGCAAAAGAGGCCCUGCUGCAGAAGGUGGGGAAGGUUACAGAUGUGGUUUCCUCUCUGGGCUUCAGCUGGUGGCAGGGGGGACCCCCACAUACCCAGACUCUCAAAGACCUGCACUGGGUCAUUGAGUCGUUACUUUUUAGUACAUUUGUGUCAUGGAAGGCCUUCUUUCCCUUGGUGAGGGACGAUGCCAACUGUAGCUACACUUUCAUCACAGGGGGAGCAGGUGAAAAGCUUCUGAUGCCUGGGACCGGUUUCCUGACUGUAGGGGCUGCCAGCGCCCUGGCCUUCUGCCAGGUUCUACGAGAGGAGUACCCCGACCCGUCCUGUAAACUCUACCAGGUGAUUAUCAACACAGGUGUAGCUACUCCAGAGCGAUUGGCCCCUGGGUACUUGAACCACAUGGACUUGGGUGAGGCUGUAGCCAAACUGGUGGAGCGACAAAACGCAUCCCACACUGUCUUCACCAUCAACUGCCCCGCAGACCUAGAAACUGUCUUUCUCCAGGGGAGCCUUUAAAUUUGGAAAGUCCACUGAGUUCUACAGUAGCUUGUUGCACAUCCUCCAGUCACUGAACUUCGUAGAAACACCGCUAUGUUCUUCUUGUUAAUCUGAUUAGUAGCAAAGUUUGUGUGCAGGAUGAAAUCCUUAAGGCUCUGUCCCACUGCGCCGUUUAACGAUUCCCUCUGAAAAACAAAGGCCUAUGGUUUUUGGACUUUCUUGGUUUUCCAGCUGGUUUACAGACAUUCCAAACUUCGGACAUGGCAUCAGAAUUUCCCACGGCCAGCUUUGGAUAGUGAUCGACUAUUCUCUGGCGGUUUUUUUUUGCCAUUUUCAGCAUUACCGGGGAGGAAUCUUACCGCUUCUUAGGCUUUUAUGGCUCUUGGGCAGGCGGCCAGCUCGUCCUCCUUUAGCCACGGAACUCAUCAUAUGCAACAUUUUGUCUUUUUUUUUUUUUUUUUUAGUUUUCUUGUUACAUUUUUAGACCGUGCCACAGGCCGUAAAUGCCCCCCGGGCCGCACUAAGGACACCCCUGGUCUGGGAGCUAUGACUGUUGUGAUGAGGUGAUGGGUGGAGCUUGGCCUUUGGAAGUUGAUAGACAUAAUUCAGACGUUUUUCAGCUAUUUGGUUAGUUACUCAUACUUAGCCAGACAUUACAUAGGCAUAUUUGGACAUUACUCCUGCUGUUCUCUCUACCGUCCAUGACCAAAAUAUUAGAAUAUGCUGCCGUCUGAUGCAGUCAGACGGGAGGCAGACGGAACGGUUAAACGGUAGUCUGGGAUAGACAGAGCCUUUCAGUGUACCAUUUAAGUGUUUUGUAGAGCUGCGUAAACAUUACGACACAACUUAUAUGGGUUUUGCUUCAAGAGGGAUUGAGGGGCAAAUAAAGAAUUUGUGGAAGAUACUUACCCACAAAGAGCAGAAGUGCACUAACUAUAGGAAAGAAACAUGAAAGAAAUUGUCAUGGAUAUACAAAGACUGAUAAAUAUGGUGUCUCAAAUGGAAUACUUCACUUCAAUAAAGUAUACUGUGUACACUGUGUACUUAGUGUAAUUCCUGGGUGUCCCGUCCCAAAUCCAUUACUGCUGUUGUGCACUUACUGGAAAUGACGACAGCAAUAUCGACCCACUUCUUCGUCUCUCCUUUUUAAUCUUUGAAUUGCAACCACUUGAGUCUUAAGAGUUGUGCCGGAUGGCUCGGAAUUUUAGCUCGAUGGCUAGCGCUCUCGACUCACUCAGUGCAACACAUCGUGACUGAUUGGGAGUUAAGCAGUGUUAGCCAGACGAGCUGAAAGGCGGAGCUUUUUAACUUCAUUGAGCAGGCAGUCUGUGGAUGCUGGUUCCAGCCCCGGCCAGGGUGUGUGGUUGAUCUGUGUCACACACGCCCCGAAUGUAGCUGUAGUGGAACAAGUGCAUAUUCUGGUUCUGGUUGAGACUAUCAGUUGUUUUUCUGAGCCACUCAAAUUUAUAGUUUUUUUUUUGCAUAAAAUAGCUAGAUUUUAAAAAUAUAUUGUUUAAUGUUUUUAUAUAGAUUUAGGCCAGGGGUGUCCAUACGUUUUUCCAGUGAGGGCCACAUAGUGAAAAUGAAAGGAUGCAAGGGCCACUUAGUAAUUUUGUAAAGCAACACAUGUGGAUAUGCUAAGAAGUUAUAUACUGUAUAUUUCAAGAAAAAAACUGCAUCUCAGCUUCGUCACAUAGGUGAAACAGCCUACUAUUACUAUCAAAAUCGCUCUUUGCUCUUUUUUUCCCAUUUUUGCUGUUUUUUUAAUGUUAUUAUUUCAAAAUAUUUCACCUUUCUUCUGAAAUAACUUUCAGCAAUUUUCAUAUUAUGACAUUAUUCCCAUAAUAUUGUAACUUUUUCCCCAACCUAAUUAAAAAAAAAAUGGUUUUGUUAGUU